UUCCAGCGUGCCUCCACCAUACGACGUCGUUCCCUGCUCCCUCCAAUACGCUCUGUAUUUACUCAAUACGGCGCCGUUUUUGUUAAUUAAAACGGCGCCGUUUCACUCAAACCCAAAUUCCCCCCUUUCUCCUCACUCCCGCCCGACCUAAUUUCUAUUUCCCUCUCAAAUCCCUAAUAAAACCCCUAAUUCCCCUCUGAAAUCCCUAAUUCUCCAAAUCCCUAAUUCCCCUCUGAAAAAUCCCUAAUUCAUAUCCUCCUACACUUGGUUUCUUGUUACCAAGUUUGAAUGACGAAGCAUAAUUACGAGACAAGUACCGGAAGCAGUGCCGUUUACUCUGAAGCAACGAGUUCAGAAUUCAAUGCCAUUCCUCAGAAGCAUUGCUGCCAUGACGUUGCUGCUUCUGUGUAUACGGCAUACACGAAAGGGAACCCUGGAAGGAGGUUUUACCGGUGCAAGUUUAGAGAGCAUGAUGACUGUAAUUUCUUUGAGUGGAUCGACCCAGAGGUAACUGGUCGUGAAAGAAAAGUUAUGACCAAGUUAAUUGAUAAGAGGGAUGCACUGGAAGAGGCAUUGAAGGUGAAAACUGAGGCGGAGUCAAAGCUUAGAAUUGAGCUGCAAAGCAACACAUGUAGGAUGACUGCUUGUCGAGGACUUCUAGGUGUGAUGAAUCGGAAAGUGGAGGAAGCUGAUCGUAAGAACCUUGAGCUGCAACAAACGGUGAAUGAAAUGGCUGAGAUGAACUCCAGAGUUGGGAAGCAAGCUGAUAAGCUUGGAGGCAUCAAGGCUAAACUGUUACAGGACAAAAGGAGUCUACAGAAGAGAAAUCAAGUGUUGAUGAGGAUCAUUUGGUUCAUAAUUAUGCUGCUUGUGAUUGUUUCAGCGAUUUCUUUCAAUUAUUGUCAGACUGUUCAGAAGCUGCUGGAGUAACCUUGAUGGUUGUUAGUUUAUAGUAAUGUUAUGUUGAUGUUAAUGUAUUUUGGUUGUAGAAUGCUGGUCCUUAAGUUGCUGUUAGAAUGUUAAUGUAUUUUGGUUGUAGGAUGGUUUAUUCUGUUUAUUAUGCAACUUUAUUAGG